AUGUCGGAGAUAGAUGAGCAAGAUGUUCUAGAUGUUUUUCAGACCCACGAUAGGCGCAAGAGGGUGUACAAUAGUCUGGAGAGAAAGGAAAUAGACCCUUUCAAAGAAGAAUAUUUUGCGGCAACAUCUAAUCUUGAACGCAAACAGGUUGUAUGCAAGAUUCUCCCUAAACUAUUUAAUAUUUGGGUUACGACAGGAAGUAGACGUCUGUCUGCAACUCAGGAAUUUGCACAAAAAGAGGCAAAGCGGCUACUUGGUUGGAUUCGGAAUAAUUGGAGAGCACCUCAACCAACCGGUGCUGAACUCAAGGGGAAAAAGCACAAGCGUACUACUGUGCUAUGGCGAACCCGACCCGACGAUGUCUAUAAGGAAAUUGCCUCAAUCCUUGGACUUGAACAUGCCGACAGUACUACACCUUUGGCAUUUGAAACCCGCUCCCGUGCGAUGGGCAAUAUUAUUAGCCGCAUGACUCCGCAAGAAAAACGAGCUCUGGAUAGGGAAGCGGAAACAUUGAAUACAGUUGAGUAUACGGACGAGCAGAAACUAAAGAGGGGGAACAAAUAUGCUUUUAAGAGGCUUGAUGAGGCUGCUACUGUUCAUUGGGCAGAAAUGGGUUUGAUGAAUAUAACAUUUGUUGCAAGGCUCAAUGAAUCGGGCCAGCUCUCUGUCCGAGUUCAUGAUCAAGUUGCUAGUACACUUGGUGUUGUCUCCACUCUGUUUGAGGACCAGAAGCCCGAUGAAGUCACCCAAAUGAAGAGGAUGGUUGCUACAUAUGUUCGUGGGUUGUUAAAUGCUAGAGACAGAAUACGGAAUGGGACCCGCAAUGAAAACACUACUGAAAUAUCUAUCCUUGACCAAGAUCCCGACGGAUUUCCGCUUUUGCCAUCCAACUUUGAUGCAAGUAAAUACAACAAGGAACAGUUGGAAGAGUUGUAUCGUAUGUAUAUGGGGCAGAACUACUCCACCAAUGGCCGUUCUAAACAUGCACCAUUUAAUGCUCUUCAUGAAUAUCAGUCAACAUUUAUUUCACCAGAAUAUUUACCCCCAAAGGUCCGCCUUAAUGCACCCCGCUCAGUCAGUUUAGAUGACCUCCGACGUAUCAUGGACCACAUUUACGCCCGACAAGAAAUAUUUCCACCCAGCCAGGUCUUCCGCUUCCGCAAGGUAAAAAAAUUUAGGAAGGGGGAUGAAACUACCCCAACAAAUUACCCCGACGAAGACUUUCAAUCUGAUGCAGAGAAGCGCCGGGUUCCACCUAAAAAACCAAAAAAAGCAGCUAAAAAGAAGAAUACUGCCGCACCUACGAAACCCGCACCUCUUGAAUCUGCACCACUCCGCAUUGAAGACAUGCAAGGUGCUUCUCAAUUGGUGUCCUUUGAUAGUUUUCAGCCAGUAGAAGCGCCCUCAAAAGCACCACCUCCACCACCUCACACAAAGAUCAAUAUGCAGGAUAUUGACCCAGUUUUGUUGAAUGAAAGUCAAGCAAAUCAAGUUAUAAUUCACACACCCGCACCCGCACCCGCACCCGCACCUGCACCACCCGCACCCGCACCACCCGCACCCACACCCACACCACCUGCACCCGCACCACCUGCACCUGCACCCACACCACCUGCACCUGCAUCGGCACCUGCGCCCACGCCCGCACCUGCACCACCCGCACCUGUACCCGCACCACCUGCAUCCGCACCCGCACACGCACCCACACACGCACCCGCACCCGCACCCGCACCCGCACCCGCACCCGCACCCGCACCCGCACCCGCAGAUGCACACGCACACGCACACGCACAUGCACACGCACAUGCACCCACACCCACACCCACACCCACACCCGCACCCGCACCCACAUCCACAGCACCAACUCUAGUGAUUGGUACUAAUGGAUUGCUUGAUGUUAGUAUUCUGGAGCCUGGGCGGCAUACCAACAAAAACAAAUCUUCCCGACCCAAACCACGUCCGAGAAAAAAGCCAACCACUCCCGAUGAGAUUGCACAGGCUGAAGAGUCAAGACGUUUAUUGGAAGAGGCGCGGCAGAUCGAGGCAUCAUUGCAUAUACCAGCACAUGCAGAUAAGCAAGCAGAAAGUUCAGGUGUGCGAAGAAAGCAUAGAGAGGUAGAUGAGGACCUUAUUCUCUCUGGAAAGCGGGUACGCCGUCAAAGACAAAGAAGCCAUUAG